AAGCAAGAGCCAAUAUUGAACGAAAUUAUAAUUGUAUCUUUCUGUUGUUGGAACCUCGAGAAAUAUUUAGUUCUAAGAAAAUAGUUUCUUGUUCAAAAUUCAAACUAUGAACUUUAGAGAUGGAAAUGGAAUCAUUUUUUUAUUUUUGUUAACAACUCUGUCUCAAGUGUUUCUAAAAGCAGAGGCUGUGUGGUUGAGGAUUCCUAGUUCAGACACUAAGUGCGUGUCUGAGAAAAUCCAAACAAACGUCGUCGUUUUAGGCACUUACUUUAUUGUAAGGUAUGAAGGCCCCCAGCCUUACACAAUUUCCGCCAAUCUAACAUCUCCUUCUGGAAACAACCUUCACCAAAAUGAAAAUGCGACAAAUGGAAAGUUUGCAUUUACAACUGAAGAAAGUGGAAUCUAUGUGGCAUGCUUUUGGAUGUGUACAAAACAAGAAGAAGUUGGUAGAAUUGUCAGCCUUGAUUGGAAAACUGGAAUUUCAACCAAAGAUUGGGACUCUGUUGCAAAGAAAGAAAAGAUUCAGAGAGUUGAACUUGAAAUCAUGAAGCUUGAAGAACUGGUGGGUGGCAUCCAGAGCUAUCUAAUUUAUUUUAAGGAUAAGGAAGCUAAGAUGAGGGAAGAUAGUGAAAGAACACAUGCUAGAGUUUCUUGGUUUAAUAUCAUGUCUCUUGGGCUCUGCGUUUUAGUUUCAGCGUUGCAACUUUGGUAUAUGGAGCACUUCUUUCGAAAGAAGAAGCUCAUAUAGAUAUUGCCAUUUGUAUGAGAUUUCUCGAUACAAUUAUAUUUUGCUCAUGCUUUUGAGAAUCUAUGAUGAAUUCUAUGUACUCGAAAUGAUUUGAAAUUGCAGUCGCAAUUGCAACAUUUGUUUUUGUGAGCAUUAUAGUUGUUACGAUGUGUAUUGCAGUUGUGUAGCAUGAAUUUAUAUUUUAUUAACAUCACAUAUUAAAA